AUGACGGGGGAGAAGAUCACUCUGAUGAGCCCCGCCUGGCGCCGUCGGCUCUGCUGUUGUUGCCAGAGGUGCGCCAGGGAGCCAGACGAGCCGCUCGAGCCGACGAGUCUGUUGCCCGAGGGGUCGGAGAAGCUCACGCGGCUCUGGGAGCGGGCCGUCCACUUCGCCGCGCCCCUGCUCCUCGUGUUCUCCAACGUCGUGAACCUUUUGAUCCACCUGGUCAAGGAGCGCGAGCUGGGGUGGACGUUCGCCGUGUCGUACUGGCUGCUGGCGUGCGCCCUCUUGGCAGGGUGCUCCUACGACUACCGGGCAGGGACGGAGGUCGAGUGAGCCUUGGGCGGACGUCACGUGGGGCAGCCGACGUGGGGGUCGGAUCGAGGAUUGCAAGGGGCUGCCCGAAGGGCGCGCGCGGCUUCGCCCCGCGCUUCUUGCCCUCCAUCCCCCCCCCGUCAACGGACACCAGAGUGAGCUGGGCGUUCUCCUCCUGUUCCGCCUCCGCCCUCCCCUCCUCCUCCUCCUCCUCCUCCUCCUCCUCUCCUCCUCCUCUCCUCCUCCUCCUCCUCCUCC